GCCUGAGCAGAGGCGACCCGAGGGGGUUCGAGCGGCUCGGCUGCGGGGUGGCUGUUGCCGAAAUGACGACCUUAGUGCUGGAUAACGGAGCCUACAACGCCAAAAUCGGUUACAGCCAUGACAGUGUGUCGGUCAUUCCCAAUUGUCAGUUCAGAUCAAAAACAGCACGUCUUAAAACAUUUACUGCCAACCAGAUUGAUGAAAUAAAAGACCCUUCAGGACUCUUUUACAUUCUUCCUUUCCAAAAGGGCUACUUGGUGAAUUGGGAUGUCCAACGACAAGUUUGGGAUUAUCUUUUUGGAAAAGAAAUGUAUCAGCUUGAUUUUUUAGAUACUAAUAUUAUUAUAACAGAACCAUAUUUUAACUUCACUUCAAUUCAAGAGUCAAUGAAUGAAAUUCUAUUUGAAGAAUAUCAGUUCCAAGCAGUAUUAAGAGUGAAUGCCGGCGCCCUGAGUGCACACAGAUACUUCCGUGAUAAUCCUUCCGAGCUGUGCUGCAUCAUCGUGGAUAGUGGCUAUUCCUUCACACACAUCGUCCCUUACUGCAGAAGUAAAAAGAAAAAGGAAGCAAUUAUUCGGAUAAAUGUGGGCGGAAAACUCUUAACGAACCAUCUAAAAGAGAUCAUAUCCUACAGGCAGCUGCAUGUCAUGGAUGAAACCCAUGUGAUUAAUCAAGUGAAAGAAGACGUGUGCUAUGUGUCUCAGGAUUUUUACAGAGACAUGGAUAUCGCCAAGUUAAAAGGAGAAGAUAAUACAGUGAUGAUUGAUUAUGUUUUGCCUGACUUCAGUACAAUUAAAAAGGGAUUUUGUAAGCCGAGAGAAGAGAUGGUGCUGAGCGGCAAAUAUAAAUCCGGGGAGCAGAUUCUUCGCCUGGCUAACGAGAGGUUCGCUGUUCCAGAGAUACUCUUCAACCCUUCUGACAUUGGCAUUCAGGAGAUGGGAAUCCCAGAAGCUAUUGUCUAUUCGAUUCAAAACCUCCCUGAAGAAAUGCAGCCACAUUUUUUUAAGAACAUCGUCUUGACGGGAGGAAACUCACUUUUCCCGGGAUUCAGAGAUCGGGUUUACUCAGAAGUCCGCUGUCUGACGCCAACAGACUAUGAUGUUUCUGUCGUGCUGCCCGAAAACCCUAUUACUUACUCCUGGGAAGGUGGAAAGUUGAUAUCUGAAAAUGAUGAUUUUGAAGAUAUGGUGGUUACAAGAGAAGAUUAUGAAGAAAAUGGACACAGUGUCUGCGAAGAGAAAUUUGAUAUUUAAGAAACAUUUCUGAAUGAAAGUCUUGGGAAGUUUAACUUCAAAGUUCCUUUUAAAGGAGGUCAAGGACUGUGUUAUUUUCCAUCAUAGAUAAAGUCUUCAACUUACAUAAAUAUUCUGAGUCAUGGCUGAUGUUCACAGACUGCUAAGGUGAGCUGUUGCCGUCAGGAGUGACUCAGCCCACGUUUGAGUACUUAGACUACUAUAACAACACCUGCACUGUUUCUCAGAACAGAUGUCAUGAGAAAGUAAGGAGUAAAUGUUUAGUUCUUCAUACUUGAAAACACAGAUUUUGUUAUCUCACCAGUUAGUUUUGCCUAGAGAUCUUUUUGUAGUUUUGACUGUGAUCGACUAAAGUGUUUGCAGACCGUUAAGAUUCUGUUCUCUUAGAACUAAGUAUUUUAUUUAAAAUUUGUUAUCCUUAUUUGUACAUAAUAAAGUUGGAAAGACCAAUAUUAAAUAUGUAUGUAUAAUGUUCAGUUUUUACUUAGUAAAAGUUUGAAAGAGUGA